UGUCACAUAUUAGUUCUUCCGCUAUUGAAAGCUGAAGACGCAAGACAAUCUUUGACAAUUGUUAAAGUUCAUGUUGGCGUGUACUAAGGCAUUGAAGAGACAUAGAAGGAGUCCCGGAUGAACAUGGAGAGCCUGAGUAAGCCAGAGCUGCUGAUGCUGUUCAGUGUCCUGGAAGGAGAGCUGGAGGCCCGUGACCUGGUCAUUGAGGCCCUCAGGGCCCAGCACAGAGACACCUACGUGGAAGAGCGGUAUGGGAAGUACAACCUGAGCGACCCGUUCCUGGCUCUGCAGAGGGACAGCGAGGCCUUGGGAGGGCAGAGCCCUGGGGUCCACCAGGCUGUAGCAUGCUCCAGCCCCCUGGCCGUGCUCAAGCUGGUGGUCACCCACUGCAGGAGGAUGCAGGAGAAGAUGCUGGCCCAGCUAGCUGCAGCUGAGAGCAGGCACAGGAAGGUCAUUGCAGAUCUGGAGGAGGAGAGGAGAAGGCAUGCAGAGGACACAGCCGAGGGCGAUGAUGUCACUUACAUCCUGGAAAAGGAGAGGGAACGCCUCCUGCAACAGCUGGAGUUUGAGCGGGGCCAGGUGUGUCGUCUGGAGAAGGAACAGAAGAAGGUCCUAGAUCAGCUGGAGGAGGAGCGGGUCCAGCACAAGCAGCUCUCCUCUGCCCUGGCCAAGGAGUGCAAGUGGGCCAGCCAGCGGGCUCUGGAGGAGGGCCACCGCCUGGCUGAGGCAGGCCGUAGGCUGGAGAAGGAGCAGGGGGAAGUCCUUGCCCUGAGGGCUGAGCUGCAGGAGGAGAGGAGGAGGGCCCUGCAGAUGGAGGCCAGGGUGGAGGAGCAGCUGGCUGAGUUUGAUACGGAGAGGGAGCAGCUCCGCUCCCGGCUCAAGAGGGAGGAGGCCCAGUGCUGCCAGCUGCAGGAGCAGGUGGAGGUGCUGAAGAGAGAGCUGCAGGGAGAGAGGGGAGCUGAGGAGGAGAGGAGAGACUCUCCUGUUGACACCAGUGGAGGGUCACCACCACCACACCCCAGCCAGGCAGAGGGGGGUGAGACUGAGGAGCCUAAAGUCAACGGGCACCAUGACUGCCCCAGGGAGGAGCAGGUGCCGGUCCUUCCAGACAGACUGGGCCAGGACAACUGGAGUGAGAACAGCAGCUCUGUCCUGCUGUCCCCUGCCCUCUUGACCCAAAGCCUAUCGCCCUGCAGCACAGGGCCCUCCUCCGUCACCUCCUCCCCCUGCUCCUCUCCUCAGCUGGCCAUCAGCCCCAGCUACCAGUCCUCCUACCAGGCAGGCAUCAACCAUCGCUUCCACGCUGCUCGCCACAAGUUCCAGGGCCACACUGACCCAGAGCAGCAGCAACAGCAGCAGCAGGGUGGAGGAGGGGGUGGCAGCCUGCCUCACUCCCCCAGAGACCUGUCCCCUACCCCCAGCCUGUCCCCUGAGCCCGUUCCCGUCCCUGUCCACAGCCCGGCCAAGCAGCUGGCCCGCAGCACCGUCACCCAGGUCCUGUCCCGCUUCACAGUCCAGCAGGGGGCCAAAACGCCGCCACCCAACAGCUCUCCCUUUGGCACUGACUACCGUAACCUGGCCCUGGCCCUGGCCCCCUCCUCCCCAGUCAUCCCCAGGGCCUCUGGUGCUGCUCUGCCUCUGGGGGUCCGCUCACCUACCAUCCCCCGGGCAGAGAGGGGCAACCCACCCCCCAUCCCCCCUAAGAAGCCUGGCCUGGCCCAGUCUCCAGCGUCGCCCAUCCCUGGUACCAGAGCCAUCCACUUCCCUGAGCUUUCAGGAAGCUGUGGUCUCACCAGCAGCCAGGAGAACGUUAAAGAGCUGGACAUGGUGGUGUCCUCCACCAGCUAGCCUAGCCUGCUACUGGGUGCUACUAGCGCUGUGUUCUUUUAUACUGCUCACACGUUUGUAUGCAGAGAGAUGCUCCAAAACACUGUCAAGUUAACUGUAUUUAUUGGAUAUUUUUUUUUUACAUGCAGUCUGUUUCAUUCUUCUAUAGCACUAUACACUGAGUGUACAAAACAUUAGGAACAUGGACUCUACAAGGUGUCGAAAGCGUUCCACAGGGAU